AUGCCUACAUACGCUCCCAUUGUUAACGAGCUACGGGACGAACUCCUCAGAGAAGUCGAUGAUCUCGAUACUGCUGUCAGAAAUGCCUUGAAAUACGAUAUUCCAGACAUGGUCACAUAUGGCAUCAUCUCUGGAAAAGGAUUUCUAGAUUUUGCAGACUGGUUAGUUCGAGGUUGGAUUCCGACCGAGACCACCCAUGGUCGCGAUAUCUAUUACAUCCUUUGCAUGUUUUACUUCGUCCUCGCCCAAGAUCCUUUGGGCGUUCGACAGACCUCCAUUCUUCCAAAGAAUGUCGGCAAGCCACUUACCCCACUAUCCGACUGGCUCGUACGUUAUGCCCAAGAAAUUGGCCGAUUUAUGGACCAGCCAGAGUCAUGGAACGAAACUUCUUUGACCAGCUACCGAAACUCUCCUCAGUACCGUGUCUUCGAGGCGGAGGACCCAAGCAACUGGAAGACGUUCAAUCAGUUCUUUCACCGCAAGCUCAAGGAACCUCGUGAGAUCUGCGCACCAAAUGAUGAUCACAUCAUAACUUUCCCUGCCGAUUCCACUUUUGCCGGCGCCUUCUCAGUUACCGAUGAGUCUGAGGUGAUACUUAAGAACCUGCCCUGGAAGGUAUCAGAUUUGCUCGGUAAAUACGGGACUAAGGAAGUUCCAGGUUCGGACGACCAGACCAAAUACGGAGACUUGUUCAAAGAAGGAGUUUGGACACAUUGUUUCCUCAACACCUUUGAUUAUCAUCGACAACACGCGCCUAUCUCGGGUACAGUCGAAGUCAUCGACGUGAUCCAAGGUGCUGCCUACUUAGAGGUAUUGGUUAAGACAGAUGAAAAGGCUGGAGGUCACAACUAUCUCCAACCUCGUCGACGUAUAUCACCAAACAUGAAGAAACAGGAUCCAGCUUCAGUCGUCACUCUCGACGCUCCUGACACACCAGGUUAUCAAUUCUUGCAAACUCGCGGAAUCAUUAUUAUCAACAAUGAUAAGUUGGGUCGAGUUGCUAUCCUACCUAUUGGUAUGGCUGUCGUUUCCUCUGUCGUCAUGAAUACAGAGCUACUCGGCAAGACUGUCAAGAAGGGAGAUGAGAUUUCUCACUUUGCUUUUGGAGGGUCGGAUAUUGUAAUGGUGUUUGAGCAGAAGGCGAGAGUUUCCAAUUUCCCGGAUUUGGAGGCUAAUGAGCAUUUCUAUUAUGGAGAGAAACUCUGCAAGGCUCAUUACAAAGAAGCAGUUCCUUUCAAUCUCAAGAAGUAA